CUUGGAUUUUAACUACAAAAGUUGUUUUUUUAUGCAUGAAUUUGUAGCUAUGUACUUCUCAAAACCAUAACUUAUUUGAUAUAGGCAUACCAGCCAUAUCAGGAUGGAAGUACAGUGCAUGGAGAGGACACUUCUACCCAGGGUUUGCAGACCAUAACUCAAGUUGCUUCCAUCACCAUAGAACAGGCUGGAGGAAAUGUGCAUACUGGAGCACCUCCUCCUUGGUUCGAAACAACUGAUGAAACUCUUCUAGAUGGUCAUGUGAGACCAGUUUCUGUAAACUUUGAUUCUCCAAAUAAAUCAGGGAAAUCUCAGAAGUUGAACCCACAGAGAGUGGGGGCCGCCUGGGCUGAAAAGCGAAAGAUGGAGUUGGAAAAGGAGAAGAAAGGAGAAUUUGUGAAGAAUGAAUUUGAUGAUGCUAACUGGCUUCCGAACUUUGGUAGGGUUUGGCAAUCAGGUAGCCGAAAGGAGUCUAGAAAAGAAUUUGAGAAGGAGAAACAGAAAUUACUCAAGGUUGUAAAUGAUCCUGAGAUACCGGUUAACAUAGAGCCUUAUGUCAGCAAAAGAAUGCGAAGUGACGGGGAUGAACAAUGACAAUAGUGACCAUGUGAUCAGAAAGGGGUCUCUUAAGUAAAUCUCAGAUUCAGAAGAAAUGUAUCUUCUUUGCUUUCUUUUCUCCAAAGUUAAAUUUAAGAUCAAGCAAAGAAAUUUUUGGGAACGGCAAUUGCUGGUUAAAGUGAAGAUCACCGGAAGAUGAUUGGUAAAUGUUGAUGGUCCUGAAUGUAUGAAAAGUGGAUCCUUAUAGCCAAAUGUUGUAUAUGGCACAAAUCAGAAGUUCCCGUUAAGCUAAAUAUUAGGGAGUGUUUGGUAUGUUCAAGAAUCCCAUGAAGUACCCGGCAAGUUUAUCUCAAGAAGUGUCAAGGGCCUGUUUGAUUACAGUAUCACUUUAUCAAGAAACUUUCCUUUGGAGAAAGUAGUUAAAAAAGUAUUGCAUGGAAAGUUAAAAAAUAUUAUACAUCAAGUUACAACUUUUGUAAUAAAAUUUUGAUAGAAUU